CCCAGCCCCGGGCGGGCACUCACUUUCCCCCACCACCGCCUUCAGCCCCGAGGGCGCCAUCUUUCCCCCAGGGGCGCAGCCGCCGCUUCCGGGUCUGUGCCAAGGUGGGGGCGGGCCCGGGCGUCACCCACGUGGGCCCCGCCCCCCGCGCACCUGACCCCGCCCCCACGGGUUCUGGGACACGCCCCGGGAAGUUCCGUCCCUCGCGGAGCCGAGAGUAAGAGUGCCCACGCCCACGCGCGCCAAGUCGCUGGGAGGGCACACCCCGACGACGUGCUCACUGCUCCUGGCGCAGAUGUGAGCGCGGACACACACUUCCUCCGCUUGUGCGCAGCGAGGAGUGGGAUGGCCAUGCAAGGAACAAUCCGUCAGUCUUCCUCAGGCCCGCCCGGGGCCGCAGGUGCCUGGAACCGUGACCCUCUUACCUUCUGCAUCCCCGAGUUUAACAGCAGUCGCUGGCUGGGACAAAAUUUGACAACCUCUGGAGGAAGCCGGGAGGGUGGGUUGGAGCUAACGCAGCACGUACUCCUCCAGGAGGCCCCUGCCAGUCGUGCGGUUCAGAUGGGGAAAUCGAGGCUCGGCGGGAUCCCCCCUCGUCCAGUGUCGCGUGAUGAAUGGGCCUAAGGGGAUUCCAGCCAGGAGGAAGGUCCCAGGAGGAAUGCUUGUCAUGCCUUACACCCGCCCUGGGGGUACUCACAGCCGCAUUCAUAUCCUGAGACACUUAUGGAUUUAGUGGCAGGCUUUGAAGCUUGCACGCGUGCACAAACACCUCAAUUCCUAUUGCACUUGAAAAGUCAGGGCCUUCUCUUGCACACUCACGUGUGUGUGAACACAGUCGUUCUUGUCUGAGCUGGUACCUUCAUGUGGUCGUUUUUCAUUGUGUCCACGGAUGCCAGGCCCUCUGCCACUUACAUGGGACAGAUAAGGACCACACAAUGGGAAGAAGACUGAGAAGGCCCCCAUCCACAUGGCAGCUAACGGUGAAUGGGAAAGGAAGGCUCCCCAGACCAGGAGGGCUUCUUCAACCUGCUGAGCCACGUGCAGGGUGACCGGAUGGAGGAGCAGCGCUGCUUGCUGCAGGCAGGGCCGGACCUGGCUGCUGAGAGCCAGAGUAGCCCUCCCCCUGAGAUGGACAGCUUGAUGGACAUGGUGGCCAACACCCAGGGCCGCCGCAUGGAUGACCAGCGGGUGACGGUCAGUGCCCUGCCUGGCUUCCAGCCCGUGGGCCCCAAGGACAAAGCACAGAAACGAGCUGGGACUCUCAGCCCCCAACCACUCCUCACUCCUCAGGACCCAGCCACUCUCAGCUUCCGUCGGAACAGCAGCCCCCAGCCCCAGACACAAGCCCCCUGAGGGCCUGAGCCAUCCUAGGCCCCCCUGAAUCCCUGAAAGCAGAGAAUAAAACACUCCACAAGCAA